AUGGCUAAUCCAAAUGCCAACAUACUUGAUUCUGCAUUUACGAAUUUAGAUGCGUUUAUGUUAACAUACAGCGGGAUUAACCUUGAUAAUAUAACAGGAGCUGAAAGAGCAGCGCUACUGGAAAAAUUAACUACAAUUUUAAGAAUAUUUAACCAUCCUCAUCCACAAGAAGUAUUAGAUCAAUAUAUUCAAUUCCAGUUAGACGUACAAACUCGUAUAGGAAAUAUUAUUAAUGAUCUAAGAGAAAUCCAACAAUUUCAAGUGCCACCACAACCACAACAGUUGCAGCAAGAGGAACCACCAAUGAUCAAUAAUAAUAAUGAACAACAACAACAACAAGAAGAAGAACAACAACCAAAUAUGAUCAAUAAUCCAAAUCCAAAUCCAAAUCCUAAUACUAGAAGAAGAAGAAUCUCAAGAUCAACAACUGCUGGUCAAGAUCCAAUUUCAACGACAAUGUCAUCCACUUUAUUAACCAUAUCAUCUACUUUAACAACCAUGUCAUCCACAAUGUCAUCCACGCUUACAGAAAUUAGUUCUUUUGCAAAGAGCCAAAAGAAAGUUAAUAAUAGAAUAUUAGCUAAACUUGAUGAAAUUUCUAAGACUCAAAUGGAUAUAGCUAAAGCUCAAACCAAUAUGGCUAGAAGUUUGAGAGCGAAUAAUCGCAAUUAA